AGCCCCUCACCUCCCAUUCCACCAACAAAAGAGAAAAAGGAACAACAGAUCCACUUUCAAAAUGCACGCUCCCACAUUCCUCCUCCUCCUCCACCAAAUUCCAUGGCCAAGAAUCCACCUGAAUAAUACUUUGCAUAUUCAAUUCUCUUUUCUUCCUUUUCUCUCCUUUUGUUCUGUUUCUCUUAGACAUGACUUCCUCUUAUUGCUUAUCUUCAACCAAAAAUACUACUACUCCCUCACCUCAAGCGUUAUUUCUGCAUAACACCCACCUCUACCUCCCCAAGCAUCGCUGUUCUUUCUUUUCCCGUGAAACCCAACUCUCCAAGAGAGAGACUUUGCUUCUCAAGCAUCAAAUACUAGCACCAAAGUUUUCUUCUUUCCCCACCUUGAGCCUAAAAGACUCUAAAUUUACACACCCUUUUGCCACCAUAUCGUCUUUUGCUGAAGCUGAAGGCGAAGAAGAACAGAAACAAGAAAUUAAAUUUAACGAACAUCAUCAUGAAGCUGCGAAAACUGAGGGCGAUGACGACGAUUUGUCUGGAAUGGCUCAGGCCUUCCACAUAUCUUCGAGCACUGCUUCUGCUAUUGCUCUAUGCAUAGCGUUUGUGGCUCUCACGUUUCCAUUCUUCAUGAAGUCUUUGGGGCAGGGCUUGUCCUUGAAGACCAAGCUGUUGUCUUAUGCAACUCUGCUAUCUGGGUUUUACAUGGCUUGGAAUAUAGGAGCCAAUGACGUGGCUAAUGCCAUGGGGACCUCGGUGGGUUCGGGAGCAUUGUCGCUCCGGCAGGCCGUGUUGACUGCUGCGGUGUUGGAAUUCUCCGGGGCCUUGUUGAUUGGCACCCAUGUGACGAGUACAAUGCAGAAGGGAAUUCUUGUUGCGAAUGUGUUUCAGGGAAAGGAUAUGCUGCUCUUCACUGGAUUGCUCUCUUCCUUGGCUGCGGCUGGUACUUGGUUGCAGGUUGCAUCAUAUUAUGGUUGGCCUGUCUCUACCACACAUUGUAUAGUAGGAUCAAUGGUUGGAUUUGGACUUAUAUAUGGAGGAGCAGGUGCCGUCUUCUGGAGUUCACUGGCCAGGGUAGCUUCUUCAUGGGUGAUCUCACCAUUAUUGGGAGCACUGGUGUCAUUUCUUGUCUACAAAUGCAUCCGUAGGUUUGUGUACAGUGCUCCAAAUCCGGGACAAGCUGCAGCUACAGCUGCACCAAUUGCUGUGUUUGUCGGUGUAACUGGAAUAUCUUUUGCAGCCUUUCCUCUUAGCAAGAGCUUUCCUUUGGCUCUGGCUCAGGCUUUAGCCUUUGGAAUUGCUGGGGCGGUCCUUGUAAACAGAAUUAUCCGAAAACAGCUGGGUCAUCUCCUUCUUAAGCCCACUACAUUUCAAGAACAGCCAAAAGAAGGAACCAUCCCCACCAAAAAUAUUGGGUUUCUCUCCGACAUUGCGGGUCCAAAAGGUACCCAGCUGGAAAUAGUUUAUGGGGUUUUUGGGUACAUGCAGGUCCUCUCAGCCUGCUUCAUGUCAUUUGCACAUGGAGGAAAUGAUGUCUCUAAUGCAAUAGGUCCUUUGGCUGCUGCAUUAUCCAUACUUCAAGGAGGUGCCAGUGGAACUGAAAUUGUUAUUCCAAUUGAUGUUCUUGCAUGGGGAGGAUUUGGAAUUGUUGCAGGGCUUACGAUGUGGGGAUAUAGAGUAAUAUCAACAAUUGGGAAGAAGAUAACAGAACUCACACCCACAAGAGGAUUUGCAGCCGAGUUCGCUGCAGCCUCUGUAGUUCUAUUUGCAUCGAAGCUGGGACUUCCCAUCUCGGCAACCCACACUCUCGUAGGGGCAGUCAUGGGGGUGGGUUUCGCCAGAGGACUUAACAGUGUUAGAGCAGAAACUGUUAGGGAGAUUGUGGCUUCUUGGGCUGUGACAAUUCCAGUUGGUGCUAUCCUUUCUGUUUUAUAUACAUGGAUGUUUACCAAGCUCUUGUCUCCUAUUUUAUGAGUGUACAUUCAAAGGAUCAAAGUCAUGAACAGCUUAUGCAUCUAUUUAUUUAAAAUUAUUGACUUUUUUCACGAAUUU